GUAUUUAUUGUUUACUUGCUGGGGGGGUAAGGAAAGGAUCACAGUCACAUCAAAUGAUCGGCAGGAAAUGUAACUUCCGGAAGCUACCACAGUCUUCUACCACAGUCUUCUACCACCUGUUGAGAGAGAAGCCUUAGAUUAAUAUUACUCAGUUGUACAUCAGUAUGACGCAGGUGAACAAUAACAACCAUGGUGGACGGCGUCUCAGCUGAAGACCGGAUAAAGGACCUCUUAGAAGAAUCCCGCAGCUGCACGUAUCCCGAGGAUCCUGCGGGCAUCAGGCUACGGUACAAGGACACAGCGUAUGUCCUCUUCAAGCAAUCUGUGGAGGACAACGACGUCAGGAAUUACCUCACAUUCGGUACGCGCAGAUCGUCGUCCGUCAGCCAGUACGGUAACACCCCCAUAGUCGUACGCAAGUCGCGCAGUUCGAACGGGGAACUGUCAACCGUGGUGGAACAGGUGCCUUCCUUGAGGGGUCGGUCGUCUGUGAGCGAUUACACUUUGGUGGAUGCGAAGACGAGGGACUCAGACGAGGACUCCAACGACACUGCUGACGACUUGAGUUCGCACAAGUUUAGGGACAUAGCCGAGGGGAAUGAAUCCACUGGAGAGAUAGAAAGUCCCGGUGAUUUAAGAGACGACAAAAACAAGAAACCGAAUGAAAAUGGGAAGCAUAAAAGUCCCGAUGAUUUAAUAGACGAUAAAAGCAAUAAAUCGAAUGAAAAUGGAAAACAUAAUCACGAACGGGAAGUUACCAAAAAUGGAGAAAGUGACGUCAGAUCCGACUCCACGCCUGCCGGGCAAAACGACGCGAGUUCCAUCGCGAUACAGACGAGAGAACAUGACAACAGGAAGAGUUUCAGCCAUUAUGAUCUACCUAUACAGAGGCUCGACCAAGACCCUCCUGAAGAAGAGGAGGAGGAGGAAGAGAGAACCCCAGAAGACUCGGAUCAGAGAACGUCAGAGCCUGGAAGGUCAGGUCACCAGCGAACCCCGCAAGAGCUUGGAGGGUUAGGUCACCACCACAGACACAACAAAGAGGUGCGAGGGAAGAGUGUAUUAUCCCCGAAAUCCGAGCAUAACGGUGAAAAUCCCACAUCCUGCCACGACAACAACAGCUCUCUUAUCACCGGGGGUCAACACAACGCUGCGUCUGGGGUAAACGACGACUCCCAAGCAAAUGAAUCUCGCUUGAUAAGUCAAACUCCAAAUAGUCUUGGGUUAGAUCACGAGGCUGUUUUGAGAGCUUAUAUCGAACAGUCAUCGAGCGUAAACAAACCAACGAGCGACGGGCAGAUUAAGUCGGGUCGUCCGCACGUCGACGAAGAGAGAGCCUCCGACGGAUUCGAUCUCGUCGAGUUGAAAAUAGUCGAACCCAUCGACGAUUCCCGCGCCGUCGAUGCGGCCGGCGAAGGUUUAAACGAUUCGGGUGCACGAAAGACCGUCACUACUGAUAUCCUGAACUACGACGGCGAAGACGUGACGUUCAUCGACGCCAGCUCCCCCACGCUGGUGAGGACCAAGAUCAUAUACCAACCGUCCUUAGAAUGGAGUCAGGAAUUACCUCAGGUGAACCACGGCGGUAGAACACCAACACCGUCGUCGCCGGCGGUGAUAUCUACGCCUACGCCGCCAAAACGCAGAGGUAAGAGUCUCGGGGAGUCUUCUCCGCCACAGUUGGGGAGAUGGUCGCGUACGGAGAGCCUACAGCACCUGAGGGGAGAGAGCGUAGAAGACCUCAGUAAGUAUUUAGAGAUCGAGAACCACAGCGUCCUGCUGGGUCUCCCUAUAAGGAGUCCUACUCCCCCCAAGAGGAGCCCCAGGAGAUCCCCCAGAGUACCCCGGGGCGGCAGGGACAAGAACAAACUGCGGCAGUCGUCGGCGGCGCUCUCUACGGACGAGGAGUCUCGAGAGAACGACCCCGAUGGGACGAGGUCCGCUUCCCCCUCGUCCAAGUCCGGAGAAACGUCGAGGUUUUUUUCCUUUUCCCUCAAGAAGGAAAAGAGUAAAAGUGCUUCGUCAUUGACCCCAAAGAGAGCGAGAGGUAACAGAUUGUCCUCCGUAAAGAUCGACGACGGCGGCGGAGACCCGGGCGUCGUUAACCCAGUCGUCGUUGGGGAUAAACUACUCGACGGCCAGUUCGAAUCCGCCGGGAAGAGGGUCGGCGUCCGUAGCAUGGUGAUCGACGGCACCAUCAAGCGCAACUUCAUCGUGAUCCAUCCGUCGGACGACUCGGAGACCAUCGGCCUAGCCCCGCUCUCCCCGACGUCCAACAACAACAACAACAACACCUCGUCGGUGAUGAACACCUCCACGGCUUUCUCCAGCGUUAAGUCCCACAUAACCGGACGGAGGCUCAACAACAACCUGGAAUCCGUGAAGAGAAGAAUAAUAUCCUCGAAGGGCGACCUGAGGGAAGGCCUGGCGGACGCUCCCGGAGGCUCGUCCAACUCGGGGCUCAAAACGUCCAAGAGUCUGAGAGCCAAGAAGACCGUAAACAUCGUGGAACAUAGGCCCUUGGGGAGUUCUCGUAGCCUGUCUAGCGACCCGACGUGUUCGAGCGUCGCGGAUUCGCAGGUGCUCUUCAGGUCGCCCCUAGCAACGUCCGAAAUAGACUGCGAUUCGGUUAACGAUCGUCUGCAGAGGCUCAACGACGAUGAUGAUGCUGCCGCCUCCGCCCCCCCCUCCGCCCCCCCCUCCAGAACGGUAUCAAAACUCUGUGUAGUUAUGUGAGUGAUUUUAAAAAUAUGAGAAAUUGAAUAUUUUUGGAAAAUUAUAAAAAAAUAAGUUGAUCUAAAAACUAAAAAAAAAAUAUAUAUAUAUAUCUCCCGAUCGACUUAAUUGAUUCCUUUGGGGGUUUUUUUUUCGCACAAUGAAUAAAUCAAAUACACGAAAUAAAGAGUAAGUUCAUCCAAUGUGGUAGCUAUGUAUAUAUAUGUAUACUGUAUAUGGUGUAGUGUACGUCACAAGCUAUACUGACUGUGGGUGUUGGUACGGGGAGGAGGAAUGGAAGCCAGGAAAAAAAAUGAAAAAAAUAUGAAUAAUUUUUUCCACCAAUAAAAAUAUUCAUGAUUAUACUAAUAUAUCAUAUCUUUUAUUGGGGGGGGGGAGAAGUUUACCCCCCUGAUAUUAUUGUGAUUGAAGUUUUCCCCUAAAUUACCGUGAUUGAAGUUUUUUCCCUAAAUUACCGUGAUUGAAGUUUUUUCCCUAAAUUACCGUGAUUGAAGUUUUUCCCUAAAUUACCGUGAUUGAAUUGUUUUACCCAGAAUGAUAAGAAGAAAAAACAGGGUUACAGUACUUUGGUAUUGACGAUGAUAAUGAUGGUGAUGUGAUGAUGGUAAUAAUGAUAAAGGUAAUAUGAUGAUGAUAAUGAAAUAAUGAUGUGAAGAUGAUAAUGAUGACUGAUAAUGACAGCCAUUAUUUUAUUAACUUGAUUUACUGUUUAUUUAUUCACAAGUAUUUACUUGGAUGUAUAGAGAUCAUUUACCUGGAUUUAAUAUGUCUGUAUAUCUUCCCUGAUUCAUCACGACCCUUAACGACAUUAUGACCCUUAACGAUGUUAAGGCCCUUAACGCCAUUACGAUCCUUAACGACCUCAUGACCCUUAACGACUGCAUUGCGACCCUUAACGUCUUCAAUACGACCCUUAACACAAGAUAAAAAGAUCCUAUAAUGACCUGUUAAGAGUGAUUUGUCCUAUCAGUUAUAUAUAUCAAGUCUAUAAUUGUUUAUUAUAGGACGUUGUUAUAGGUAGUGGUACUGAUAAUGACCCUUAACGACCCUUAACACGAGAUAAAAAGAUCCUGUAAUGACCUGUUAAGAGUUAGUUGUCCUAUCAGUUAUAUAUAUCAAGUCUAUAAUUGUUUAUUAUAGGACGUUGUUAUAGGUAGUUGGAAGGUGAUUAUAGGUCAGUAGUAGUUAAUACAUUUGUUCAAGAGUAAUUGAUGACCUAUUAUUGUAUAGAGUCUUGUAACUGGAGUCUACUCUUAUGGUGAUAAUUAUACCGGUUGACAGAGUAUAAUUAUACCUCAUAGUUUUUUUUGACCUCUUGGAAUCUUAUAAAUGGAGUCUAAUUUGUCUAACUGGGAGAGUAUAAUGGAACAAUACUGUAUGUUUUUUAACCUCUUGCAUUAUAUGGAGUCUUAUUGGUGGUGUUAUACUUAUUGACAAAGUAUAAUGAAGCCUUAUUUGUUGUUGGAUCUCUUGGAGUCUUAUAUAUGGAGUCUAAUUGGUCAACCUGGUGGUGUUAUACCUAUUGCCAGAGCAUAAUUAAGGCUAAUAGGUUUGUUUUUGUAUUAUUUGUGCUCCCAUUAUGCUUAAGUACUUGAAAUAGGUCUCUAAUAUAUCACACUCGCUCCGGGAAAUAUCUCUAUGGAAAGGUGAGACGAAUUCCAAAACAAGCGCCUCGACUCUCGGUGUGUCGGAAGGAACAUCAAAUUCAUUCUUCAUUUACUGUCGUUUUCGCCUCGUAGCACAAACUCGUCAAGAUAUUUUAGGGAGCGUGUGUACAGAGGGAGAAUAGGGGGGGCUGUGUACUAAGGGAGAAUACCACACAGGAAUGUUUUCAAUUAUCCUAGUUGAGACGUCCCACGGAAUAGACUCUUGACGUUUUUAUACAAUAUUUUUAGUUUUAUUUCUAUAUAUAUACCGUAUAUAUAAAUGUAACUUUGUUUGUACAUAUUUUUUUAAAACUGUCUUGGCUUGACAAUAUAAUCUAGGCAGCCAUUUUAAUUGUGUUCAUUGCCCUUUUUUGUACUGUACAUGAUUUAUAAAACUGUCUUUGAUUAAAAAAUAAAAUCUA